AUGCAAGUCAAAUAUCAAGCAAUCAUUCUCGGAGGGGGACAACAAGCAGGAAGCAUGCUCUUCCCACUCUGUUAAGAUUACUCAAAAGGUCUCUUGCCAAUUUGCAAUAAACCAAUGAUUCUCUACUAAUUGGAUGUCUUAGAGUCUGUUGGAUUUGGACCACAGGACAUUCUAUUAUUGAUAACUAGAAAUCAUCAAGCUGUGGGUGAUUUAGUUUAGAGAAGAGCAGAAGUAGUUUAUGUUAGUGAUGAUUCUGAUUCAGGAUCUGCUUUGUUGGAAUCAUGUGAAAAAAUAAAGAAGGAUUUCAUACUUCUAUCAUGUGACACCAUGAUAGGAGCCAACAUCUUAAAUUUGUUGGAUUUUCAUUACUCAACCAAAGCCACCAUUACAUGCAUGAUGAAAGAGGAAGACCUAGAUAAAAAAUAAGGAAGGGCUCCCAUCUCUUGCAAUUUAAAUGAAUCCUUCGAUAUUAUGUUUAUUGGCUCAGAUCAUAGUUUAUUACACAUCAUCAAUCAAGAAGAUGAUGAUUAAGCUAGUCUUUCAGUCAGUCGAAAUGUGCUACUGAGUUGUGAGAGUGUGUAAAUAAUGACCAAUUUAUUUGAUACUCACAUCUACGUUUGUCAAUAUGAAGUGUUGGAAUUGUUCUUAAAUCUCAAUAAGUAAAAAUUAGAAAUUUAAAAUUGGAAAGAAGAAUUCCUACCCUACAUCGUUAAACAUCAAAAGAAUGUGAAUUUACUAAAUUUAAUAGCCAAAAAGCAAUAAAAUCUUUUCCAUGAAAGAAAAUAAUAGCAAUUUUCAAUUAAAGUCUUCAUUACCUAAGAUUAUGCAAGAAGACUCAACAAUAUCAAAGAUUAUCAAUAAGCCAAUUUCGAAAGUAUGAUUAAGGGAAACAAAGGGAUUCCCCUUUAUCAAGGAGUCCAAGACUUCCAAUUGCAAUACCCUCAAGAUGCUCGUAUUAGUCCUGACUCAGUCAUUGGGGAGGGUACUAGGAUUGGCAAUAAGGUAACCAUAUAAAGAUCAAUCAUUGGGAAAAAUUGUACAAUUGGUGAUCAUGUUAAAAUCAGCAAUUCCAUUAUUAUGAAAAAUGUAGUAAUAAAUUCUAAUUGCAUAAUCCAACAUUGUAUUUUGUCGAAUGAAUCUGCAGUUGGGCAUGCGACAGAAUUGAAUAAAUGCAAUUUGGGCAAUCUAGCAUCUGUUGAACCCAAUCAAAAGUUGGUGGAUGAAUGUAUAAUUAGGUGA